AUCCGCAGUUUCCUGCUGGUUUGUUCCUGUGCUGCUGCUCUUCACGUUCAUCCGAGAAUGUUGAGCAAAAUAAUCGGAAACAAAUACGCGUCCAUCGCGAAAACAUGGGUCCCCAAUCUUGUUUUCUGGGGGGGAGCAGGAGGUGUAGUUUUUGUCCACUUCACCGACUGGCGGCUCAUCCUGGACUACGUUCCCUACAUUAACGGAAAAUUCAAGAAAGAUGAUUAGAAGGUCAGUGUUGUCUAGUGGACUGAAGAUGGAGACGGGGCUCAAAACAUCUGAAUCAGACCCCUCUGUUCAUCAGCUGCCAACAAACAGUGUGAUAUUUAUUUCAGGAGCUUUGGAUUGAUUUGCCCUGGUGAUCCUUCAGUGUGGAUGUACACUCACUGAUGUCCAACAAUCAACAUUGGCUGAUGGAAAAGCAGGAGGUUUUUAUUCGACAGCAUCACUGUUUGAUUCCUCUGAAUCCUCCUGGAGUAAAUACACCGUCAAUCAUUCUCUCGUUAUGAAUAACCUCUGCGCGGACCUGAGCUCUGUUUGAUCGCUCUGUUGUGUUUUCCGUGUCAUCUGCAGGUUGAUGCGGUGCUUUAAUAAAGUACUUUAAUGUGA